UGCUGUUUUUGUUCUCAGAGUAGGAGAUGAGAAGAGUACCAAGAAAGGGAGGUUAAAAGAGUCUAGCACGCAGACAGGCAUUGGGAACAGACUGACGCAGUGAAGAAAAUGCCUAAAAUGAUGUUGAUUUUCUUGCUUUUUUGGCUAAGCUUGUCCACAACAAGCGCAGGCUCUAACCUGAGAAAAGCACCCACGGAGGCACCUAUCCUAAUCACCGCUCCGCCAACUGAGGCUAGAUCACGUUUUGCCAUGUUAGAUGACGUGCGACUCUUAGCUAACGGUUUGCUCCAGCUGGGGCAGAGUCUCCGAGAGUUUGUGCACAAGACCAAGUCUCAGAUCAACGACAUCUUCCAGAAGCUCAACAUCUUUGAUCGCUCCUUCUACCAGCUCUCAGUGGUCACCAGUGAGAUCAAAGAGGAAGAAGAGAAGUUGAAGGAGACGACCAUAUUUUUGAAGGCCAACAACGAGGAGAUCAGAAACUUGUCACUGGAGAUCAACUCCAAAAUUAACAACAUUCUCCAAGAACGAAGCCAGUUGCAUAGCAAGGUUGGUGGGCUGGAGGAGAAGCUGAAGGGCUUGUCUCAGAGCAUGAUGCCUCUGGAGCAACUUCAAGAGAUCACUGCUUUGAAGGAUGUUAUUGAAACACAAGAAAGGACCAUUACAGACCUGCUUAAAUCUGUUAAAGAGCAACACGAACAGCUAAAUUACCAGAAGAUCAAAAUUAAGAGUCUUGAGGAUAAGGUGAACUAUGAUGCUUUUCAAGACACAGCUGACAAACCUUUGGAUUUAAACCCAGAAACACCUGACCCUUUUCGGUACCUAACAAUCAACUCCACCAAUGGAACUUCAGAAAUAAAUGACUUUCCAACGGACUGCAGUGAUGUGUUCAAAAGAGGCCAGAGGACCAGUGGAAUUUACCCAAUCAAACCCAAUCAAUCUGAACCUUUCUAUGUUUACUGCGAGAUAAGUUCUGAUGGAGCAGCAACAGUCAUUCAGAGGAGGGAGGAUGGUUCUGUUGAUUUUGACCAGCCAUGGGAAAAAUAUGAACAUGGAUUUGGCAAAUUGGAAAAAGAGUUCUGGCUUGGCUUGGCGAAGAUCCAUUCCAUCGCUCAGCAAGGAGAAUACAUUUUACACAUUGAACUGGAAGACUGGAAGGAGGAAAAGAGAUUCAUUGAGUACACGUUCACCCUGGAAGGCCCCGCAUCUGAUUACGCCCUUCACGUGGCACCUUUGUCCGGAGAUCUGCCUGAUUCCAUGAGCAACCACACAGGCAUGAAGUUCUCAACCAAAGAUAGAGACAACGAUAAACAUGAUGAGUCCAACUGUGCCCGUAACUAUACAGGUGGUUGGUGGUUUGAUGCAUGUGGGGACACCAACUUAAAUGGGAGAUACGCUUGGGUAAGGCUGAGGACUCGCCAUCAGCGCAGGAAAGGAAUCUACUGGAGGCCAGCAAAAGGAAGCUCCUAUACUCUCAAAUCCACAAAGAUCACCAUAAGACCAUCAACCCAGUUUCAAUAAUCCCUGACCCUAUAUUCUCUAUUGGGUAAUUCAGAAUCAAUUAGAGGGGCCACAUUGGCAGUAGACACUGGCCAACAAAGCUUUUCCCUUUCUCUACAGACGGCCGAAACUCAAUGAUGCAACUGCAACAGGUCAUUGACUCUGUUAGAGGGUAAAAAAAACCAAGUCAAAGGGUCAUUGCAACAUGUUAGUUCAAAAUCUUCACAUGUCAUCAGAAAGCAAACUUGUAGACUGUAAAAAAAAAAAAAAUCUUAAAACUAAAGAGGUUCAAAUGGCAAGAUCACACCUCUAAAACAGGAUCUGGUGCAUGUCAUUAUCAAGAGUCAACAGGAAUCAACAAUACUGUAUAUUUGUAGACUAAAUGGAUAUGGAUAUAUAUGGAUAAUAUUAUAGAACUGCCAUGCAUUCAACUAUAGAACUUCUCAACGUCAUUUCACAUAUUGUAUGUUUACUUAAAGAAUGUAUUUAAGCAAUUUACACAAAUGUGCAACAGUAGAAAAGCAAAAUGGGUAACACUUUAUAAUAACUUUCAUUAAAUCAUAACCUUAAUGCUUAAGAACACAUUUAUAUUAUAUUAAAUAAACAAAAAAAAAGCAAUAUAUAUGUUCUUGUAAUUUUGAUGUUGAAAAUUAUUACAAAGUGUUACCAAGAAAUGUAACGUUAUGGUCUGCAUGUCUCUUUCUGUUACUGAGUCAUAUUGACUCCAGGUUAUGCUUUGUACAUACUCAGCUGUAUUAUGUAUAUUUAGUUUACAGAAUGUUUCUCAGUGAUAGUUGGGUGCAUCAUAUUUAUGGCAACACAUUUAGACAAUAAGAUAAAAAAAUAAAUAAAUAAAUCUUUCUUUAAAUUA